AUGUCGUCCUCUGAGCUUGCGGUGAAGCGGCUGCGGCGGCAGUGGGAGCCGGAUGAAAAGGCGUGGAACGACGAAGCGUUAGAGGUGCCAUGGGAGGAAAUGACGCCCCCGCUGCACAAGUCAACCAUCUUUGCACUUCGGAAUGUCUUCUUUUUCUCCCACGCCACGUCGGUGCAGACGCGCGCCAUUGACGUUUUCCGCACAUCUGGCAACAGUGCUGUGGUGGAGGCGCCAACAGGCAGUGGGAAGACGCUUGCCUUGCUGAUACCCAUGAUGGAGCGCACUGUGCGGGCGUGUGACGCGUACGUGGCCGAGCACGGCCGUCCGCUUCUCCGUCGCGACGUUAUCGGCAUCAUCGUCUCCCCCUCACGCGUCUUGGCGGAGCAGACCUUUGUCGUCGGACGCAACCUUGCCUCCCGCUACCCACACACGAUACGCUUCGUCCUCUGCGACGGGGCAAUACAGCCCGUCGGCGCCGUCCUAAACGGGCUACAGAAGGCGGCGCGUGGUGCGGGGACGUUUUUGGUGACGACACCGCACGACUUGACUGCGUUUAUUGCGGCAUGGGAGCGGGGCCGUGCCUCCGCCGAGGCAGCGGAUGACGUGCAGGAAUUGCUGGCUGCGCAGGAUGAGGAGACACGGCGGCGUUACUACGAGAAGCACGGCGGCAAAACGUCGUCUGGCGCUGACACGGGGAAUGCAGUGCAGCUGCGCGGGUGCCACCGUGAGCGGUUUGUGUUUGCGGUGGAUGAGGCGGACUUCGUGUUUCACGCCUCUGAGAUGCGAGACAUUGUCACUCGGUUUAUCGACACACACGCCUGGCGGGAGGAGCCGCCCGCAAAGCGGCGCAAACCGCUUCAUGCCACAUCCGCCUCACUCGACCGGAUCGCGAUGGAUGUGGCGUUCGUCGGUGCGACGGUCUCCACCUCACGGGAGCUGCAGGAGUACGCCGCCCACGUCAACGCCGCACUUGGGACGACGAUGCACACCGUGGUGCUGAACAGUUCGCAAAACUUCGUCACCCAGCUGCAAAACCGCUACGUGGUGUGCGAGGUGCACGAGUUUCUGCCUCUUUUGAUCCAACUGAUGAAUCUGCAUGCAUCGCGGAAGCACUUUAUUUUUUUCAACAGCGCCAAAACGCUACGAUUUGUGGAAAAGCUGUUCGCUGCACUGAUGAACAGCGAGUCUCGCCUGCUGUACAUCAAGCACACCUUCGUGAUGUACGAGGGCAUGAGUGAGCGGACGCGGCUCGAACAGUACAACGCCUUCCUUAACCACAAGACAAAUACGCAGGAAUCCGCAAAAAACAAGUCGCAAGCCUCGGCUCCCUCCGCAGCAGAGAAGAAGAAUCAAGUUUAUAGCAGUGGCUGGAAACGCGACGGACGGCCUCCGGAUGGAAAAGGUGCCAUUCUCCUUUGCACAGACAUGGCUGCAUUUGGGUUGGACGUGCGUGAUGUGGACUACGUGUACCACUUUGAACCCCCAGCCACUGUGCAGUCCUACGUGCACCGCAUUGGUCGUGUCGGGCGUAUGGGAAUGCGUGGCAGUAGUAUUCUGCUCUUGCCAUGUUUUAGCAAUGAAAAUGCAUUGGCCUCUGCACGAGAGCGCAAGACGACGAGUACCCGCUUCAACACCGUUACCAACACAAAGUUCUCAACCGCUGAGCUGCAGAGUGUGCGUAUGACAGCGGAGGAUCUUACAGAGGAGCAAAGCGGCUACUUGGGCGAAUUGUGUGAACGCAGCGAAUUACAGUCGUAUUCACUGCCUCCUUUUGCGCCCAUAACCUCAACCAUUCGAAAUAUCAUCUCCCAACAAAAAAAACUUCUGAAGUUGGCACAAAUUGCCGCCAUUUCCAUGUGCACCGUGCCGCAGGAUGCAGAGAAUGCAAAAGCCUGGUUUGACCCCAAAUUGGCACUUCACGCUCUUCUACUCGAUUAA